AUGGCUGCCGUGGAGGACGGGUCACCCGUGGAUGGCUCACCCAUGAAGCGCGCCCUGGACAUCGCCUGCUGCAACUUCCAACGCUUCCUGGGCGCCAGGGCUGCCGCGCUCCCGUCCGUGCCGGAGUUGGAGUCGAGUUUUGGACAGCUGCUGGUGGUGGAAUUGACCAAGCAAUCAGGCGUUGUUGAUCAAACCAAUGCUCUCAAGGCACUUGGGCUCGAGGCGAGCCAGUGGAGGGUGGGUUGCGGACGGGAGGAAGCUUCAGUUCACAAACUGGUGGAACUGCUGGGUGGACAGUGGGGAAGAAUCCCGCUGGAGCGUCAGUAUGAGGAUGCUGAGCAGGCAAUCUACCACACCUUGCAGAAAACAGACGAAACAAACGAUUCGUUUCUGGCCAGAGCAGACAUCCUGUGGAGCCGUUUGCUCUCCCGAAAAAUCACCAUAGCUGACCUGCAAGCAUACAUAGUGCUGCGUGGUUCGCAGUUGUCGGCCGACGAAAAGAAGAAGGUGAUCAUGGACAGUGAAACAACAGGAAGUCUGACAAUGAAGAAAGUGAGUGAAGCCAUCAGGCUACUGGGUGCAUCGUUCUUUCAGGACAUGACUGGAAAGAAGGUAGGUCGAUCGAAGGUAUAUGACCAGGCCGCUCUGGUUAGUGACUCUGUGGACGAACCUGGUAGUCAUCUCACUGAGGAUUCAGCACUGACAGUUCAUGACGAAGGCAUGGAAGCUGAAUUUCUGGAUAGCAUGAUACAGGAAGGGGAUCAAGACGCUCUCCUCGUAGCUGAUUUUGAAGCUGCAGCCAUGGACUUGAUUCAAGACGAUUCUGAACUAGCUGUUGCACUGACAGCAUAUCAGCAGGCGCGUCACAAGCUUGCCGAGAAGUUCAGAAAUCGAGGUUUCUUCCCAUCACGCCCGUUCGGCGGUGGUGGCAAGGGAAAGGGAUUUGGUCAGAAGUUUGGUGGAAAGGGGAAAUCCUCUUUCUACCAGUCUCAGUCAAAGAGGUCCCUUCAAGAUCGAAUCUUGAACAGUUCAUGCAGAAUAUGUGGCCAAAAGGGCCAUUGGAAAGCCGAAUGCCCAAUGAAGUCAAACGCCCAGUCCACCGCAUCGUCAAGUGCAGCUCCGACCACGACUCUGAUCACCGACGCCGGAGUCGACAGCCUGCCACUGGAAUUCCUUGGAUUGCCAGAGACGAAUGUGGACGAGACUUUCAUGGCCUGUGAAAAUGCUGCCGCCGAACGGAAGCAGGGCCGUGUCAUGGAACCAGUGCCAAAAAUUUCUCAGAUCAUGUCGUUGCUCAGCCGCCUUCGAGCCCUGCAGCAGGAAGACCCAAUGCCGUUGACCAACUUGGACCACUUGACAUUGGACGACCUGAUGAACGAGAAAAUCCAAUUCGGACAAAAGCAUCUGGGCCAUACGCACCUGGAGGCAUGGGAGGAUCAGUCAUGGAUCACAUACAUGAUCAACCACUACAGCAAGAGCAAAGCCCCAGCUCACCGCCGGUUGCUCCGAUUUGUGGAGUUGAUGAUCGAGCACCACGAGAAGGACCAGAUGGUGAUCCCCGUACGACCCCCACAGGGGUCAGUGGCGGGAUAUGCAGGGACUUCCGGCCGUUCUGGAAGCGUGUUUCCCCAGUCCAAGAUGAAAGCCCGGCCAUCAAAUACCACACCGGCCAUCUCCUUGGACGACGGCACGGAGGAGGAGUUCGAGAUGUACGCCUCGACGACUAUGAACCAGCCCAUCACCGAGAACCCGGAGUUCAAGGCCAUCCAAGAUCGGAUGUUGAACCUCGAAAAUGCCUUGACCCGAGUGAUCCAUCACCUCGAGUCCAAGAUCGAAGAGGAAGUCCUCCAGGAAGUUCAACCCAUGGUUCCCCGGGUAGGUACCGAUCGCACUCUGAGUUUGCCCAAGGAAUCUGACAAAAGUUCAGCACCCUACCGAAAAGCAUUGAUGAUCCUCCGAAGUAACAACAAUGUGAUGUUUGAAAGGCACUGGGAACAAUGGUCCGAGCUGUCCAACCGCCAGAUGAUUAGGCCUGCCCACUCAUGUCGAUUGAAUGUCACCAUGUUUGCCAAAGAAAUUGAAAAGAGCGCUCCGGGAACCUUGCCGAUGAGUACUGCCACGACCAUCCCAGAACCACUGCAGGGGUCACCAGAACCCACACCUGCUGAGCAAGAGCAGCCUCGGACCAAUCCGCCAGAGACUUUUGAAUCAGAAAACGAAGUGAAUUCUGAUCCACGCACCACGACUCCAGUCCCUGAAACAACAGAGGCUGUUAGGUCAUUCGUGCUGCAUUGGAACUUCGCUGUACAGUUUGCUCAGCCUGUGCUGCUCCCAAACACCAGAGCACCACAAGAGCUCAAAGUCGAUUCCGGCACAGAGCUCAAUAGCCAGGAGUUUGCCGAAUUCAAUCAGCGUUUUGGUAUUCGGUGCGAGACUACAUGUCCAGAGGAAGAGCAAGAAAUGAGUCGACUGUUCCGCAGUGCACCCGAAAAUGUGAGACUAGCACUGCCUGAAGAGGGUCGCCCUGAGAGUUCAGAGCUUCCCGAAGACGUCUCAGGACCGGAAGAGGAACAAGACGCCUUCCUUACCAGUUGUGAUGAACCAGAUGUGUUGACAACUGAUCCACUGGACAAUUUUGCCUGGCGAUGUGAGUAUGAGAUGACAAUCCCGGAGUGCCAUCUCAACCGGCCACCAUCUCAAUGCGAGGCAUGGGCCCUACUGGUAACCAAUGCCAAGAAACAACGAACGGAAGUGAAACUAUCUGAACUGUCAGCCAGUGAACGUUCCGAAUUUGAGGCAGCCAAACAGGCUGAGGUAUCCAAUUGGAUAAGAAGACUGAUUGCAGUAGAUCCUGUACCCGAACUCAGAAAGGCAUUGGACAUGCAAAAUCAUGAAAUAGGCCGCUUGAACAAGGGUGCAUAUGGCCUCAUAGAUGCUCCAUUUCUGUGGUACAGUGCACUGGUGCAAGAACUCAUUCGCCUGGGAAUGGUUGAUCAAACCAAUGCUCUCAAGGCACUUGGGCUCGAGGACUUGCCUGCGGCUGAAAAGGAGAGGAUGAUGGCCUUCCUGGUGGCCAACCAGGUGGAGUUCAAACCGGAUCUCUCUGGAAACUUCGCUGCCACUGUGAAGGUCCUCAGACCGCAGGUGCACCGAGCACUGGGACCGUUGGGACCGUUGGGACCACGGGGAAGAGAUCUCUUGAGAAUUCCCGAGCUGGCCAUAUGGCCAUAUGGUUCCUGGGUUACCCUCCAGUAG